GAGGGACUCCUCUGAAGCGCAGAAGGAACUGACUCAAACUUCAGGAAGUAGCUGUGAAGACAGGGUAGCAGGAAAUGACAGAAAACCUGAAUACGGAACUGAAGCAGCAGCUCAGAGUUUCUUGCUCUGAAGUGGCAGCAGCUAGAGAGGAGCCGAGUAUCUACUUGAGGAGCCGAGAGCCUAGAGCAAACGCGCAUUUGAAGAUGUGGAAGUCUGUAGUAGGUCAUGAUGUAUCUGUUUCCAUGGAGACCCAGGGUGAUGAUUGGGACACAGACCCUGACUUUGUGAAUGACAUCUCUGAGAAGGAACAACGGUGGGGAGCCAAGACCAUCGAGGGCUCUGGACGCACAGAGCAUAUCAACAUUCACCAGCUGAGGAACAAAGUGUCAGAGGAGCAUGGUGUUCUCAAGAAGAAGGAGAUGGAAUCAGGGCCCAAAGCAUCCCACGGUUACGGAGGUCGGUUUGGAGUGGAAAGAGACCGAAUGGACAAGAGUGCUGUGGGCCAUGAGUAUGUGGCUGAGGUGGAGAAGCACUCUUCUCAGACUGAUGCUGCCAGAGGCUUUGGGGGCAAAUACGGAGUUGAGAAGGACAGGGCAGACAAGUCAGCUGUUGGCUUUGAUUACAAAGGAGAAGUGGAAAAACACACAUCUCAAAAAGAUUACUCUCGUGGCUUUGGUGGCCGUUAUGGGAUAGAGGAGGACAAACGGGACAAGGCAGCUCUGGGAUAUGACUACAAGGGAGAGACAGAGAAACACGAAUCCCAAAGAGAUUAUGCGAAGGGCUUUGGUGGUCAGUAUGGCAUCCAAAAGGACCGAGUGGAUAAGAGUGCUGUUGGUUUCAAUGAAAUGGAAGCCCCAACCACAGCUUAUAAGAAGACAACACCCAUAGAGGCUGCUUCCAGUGGCACCCGUGGGCUGAAGGCAAAAUUUGAGUCCAUGGCUGAGGAAAAGAGGAAGCAGGAGGAAGAGGAGAAGGCACAGCAGAUAGCCAGGCAGCAACAGGAGAGAAAGGCCUUGGUAAAGAUGAGCCAUGAGGCUCAGCCACCAGUGGCCACUAUGGAAGAGCCGGUGGUGUCAGCCCCAUUGCCCAAGAAAAUCUCCUCAGAGGCCUGGCCUCCGGCAGGGAGCUGUCUGUCAUCAGAGUGUGGGCCUGUGAGAACCAGUAGGGAACAACCAGUGCCUACCCAGCCCCCAAGGCAGAAUCCCCCAGAGGACAAUGAGGAGCCCCCAGCUCUGCCCCCCAGGACUCCAGAAGGCUUCCAGAUGGAGGAAGAGCCAGUGUAUGAAGAAGCGCCUGAGCCUGAGCCUGAGCCCGAGCCUGAACCCGAGAAUGACUAUGAGGAUGUUGGGGAAAUCGACAGACAUGAGCCGGAUGAGGAACAAGAGGGCGACUAUGAAGAUGUGCUUGAGCCUGAGGAUCCCUCUUUUUCCUCCACUCUGGCUGGAUCAUCAGGCUGCCCGGCUGGGGCUGGGGCUGGGAUCUCAGCUAUAGCCCUGUAUGAUUACCAAGGAGAGGGAAGUGAUGAGAUUUCCUUUGAUCCAGAUGACAUCAUCACUGACAUUGAGAUGGUGGACGAGGGCUGGUGGCGGGGACGUUGCCACGGCCACUUUGGACUCUUCCCUGCAAAUUAUGUCAAGCUCCUCCAGUAACUGUGGCUGUCUGUCUUCUGCACUGUGACUUCCCUUAUCCCAAGUGGCUCUGCCUCCACCCGCUUUCCAUUUCUGCUGCAAGUGUCUGACAGGAUGUCAUGAGUUGCCUGAAGCUCUAGACAGACUUCCCUCUCCGUCUCCAUUAGGGUUUGGGGCAGAGACAGCAUGAGGAAGGAGGUCUCCUUCCCCUCGGUGUCCUGUCUAUCCUGGAUACCCUAGAUGAUCUCAGGGAUGUUUAUCCCGUGUCCUGCCUCCUUCCCCAUGAAUCCCCCCUCUAACACCAACCCUCCCGCUCUACCUUCCUUUGUUUG